AUGACCGCCCGACUCCUCCUCCUUCUAGCGCUCGUCUACGCGACGCCACCCCGCGCCGCAGCCGGCGCGUCCGGGGACGACGUCAUCCGGCAGGUGACUGACAACGGCGCUCCUGCAGCACGACGUCCUCCGUCUCCAGGGCUGCUCCCGGAGGCGAAGUUCGCGGCGUUCGUGCGGCGACACGGCAAGGAGUACUCGGGCGGGGCGGAGGAGUACGCACGCCGGCUGCGCGUGUUCGCGGCCAACCUGGCCCGCGCCGCGGCCCACCAGGCGCUCGACCCCGGCGCGCGCCACGGCGUCACCCCCUUCUCCGACCUCACCCCGGAGGAGUUCCAGGCGCGCCUCACCGGCCUGCAGCAGCAGGGGACGAAUAACAACAUGCCGGCCGCGGCGCGCGCCACGGCCGAGGAGCUGGCCACGCUCCCCGCCAGCUUCGACUGGCGCGCCAAGGGCGCCGUCACCGAGGUCAAGAUGCAGGGCAUGUGCGGCUCUUGCUGGGCCUUCAGCACCACCGGCGCCGUGGAGGGCGCCCACUUCGUCGCCACCGGGAAGCUCCUCAACCUCAGCGAGCAGCAGCUCGUCGACUGCGACCACACGUGCGACGCGGUGGCGAAGAACGAGUGCGACAGCGGCUGUUCGGGCGGGCUAAUGACGAACGCCUACACCUACCUGAUCCGGGCCGGCGGGCUAAUGGAGCAAGCCGCGUACCCAUACACGGGCGCCCAGGGGACAUGCCGUUUCGACGCGAACAAGGUGGCCGUCCGGGUGACGAGCUUCACGGCCGUGCCGCCGGACGACGAGGACCAGAUCCGGGCUUCGCUGGUCCGGGCCGGGCCGCUGGCCGUGGGCCUGAACGCGGCCUUCAUGCAGACGUACCUGGGCGGGGUGUCGUGCCCGCUCCUCUGCCCGCGCAAGCUCAUCAACCACGGCGUGCUCCUCGUCGGCUACGGCGCCCGCGGGCUCGCGCCGCUCAGGCUCGGCUACCGGCCGUACUGGAUCAUCAAGAACUCGUGGGGGAAGGAGUGGGGCGAAGGAGGGUACUACAGGCUCUGCCGCGGCGCCCGCAACCGCAAUGUGUGUGGGGUCGAUAGCAUGGUCUCCGCCGUCGCCGUCGCGCUGUGAUUUAGAUUAACGACGCCCGGACGGUGUGUUCAUGUCCUAGUUGUUCACUAGCUUAAUCUUUAAUGCAGCUUAUUAGUUUAGUUGA